AUGGCCUCUUGCUCAGAGCCGAUGCAAGAUUUUCAGAAAGAACUCAUUUGUUCCAUCUGCAAAGAGUACCUCGCUAAUCCAAUAUCUAUUGAAUGUGGCCACAGUUUUUGCCAUAGUUGCCUCUUCUGCAGCUGGCAGGCAGCCUCACUCCGUUUCUCUUGUCCAGAGUGCAGGGCUGUCUCCGAGCUGAGAGAUUUUCAAGUCAAUGUGCGUCUUGGAAAACUGGUGGCCUUCGCCAAAAAUCUAAGACCACCCGGUUUGCAGAACCCUGAAGGACAGAACAAGUGUGAGAUACAUCAGAAAACAUAUAAACUGUUCUGUGAGGAUGACCAGAGCCUAGCGUGUCUUGACUGUUUUGAGUCCCAAAAGCACAAGGCUCCUACACUCUAUUGCAUAGAUGAAGCUGCUCAGUCCUACAGGGCGAAACUUCAAGAAACCGCGAUGAAUCUGAGGAAGAAAACUAAGUAUGUUGUAAAACAGAUGGCUGUUGGGAAUGUGAAAAUGCAACUGUGGGAGAAGAUGGUGAAGGAUCAAAAGAUCAAUAUUUCUUCAGAAUUCCGGAAACUUCAUCAGUUCCUAGAUGAGGAGAAAACUGAGUAUCUCUCAAUUGUGGAGAGGCACAAAAUGGACGGUGUGAAAGGCCUGAAGAAGAGAAUAACGGAACUGUCCCAGCACAGUCAAGAAUUAAGGAAAAUGAUCACAGAUUUAGAGGAAAAGUAUAGGAAACCACAAGUAGAUUUGCUCCAGGAAAUGCAGGAUCUGAAAGGAGUGUUAAACCGGAAUGAAUUGGUACUCCAGAAGGAUGACUCAUUUCUCAUAGAUAUAAUCAUCUGCCCCAUUCCUAGAAUUAUAGAAAUGCUUUUAAAAUUCAAAGUGGAAAUCACUCUGGAUUGUAACACAGCCAGUGCAGGUCUCAUCAUCUCUGAAGAUUUAAAGAAUGUGAGAUAUGGAGGGACACAGGUGGAAGAAGUCCUCAACAACAGUGGGAUUGGUGGUUUUGCCCAAGUUUUUGGUAUUCAGUCUUUGACUUCAGGAUGA